UAUAAUUGGCCGAUAGAUGGCAUUAAAUGACCAAACACAUGUCUAGCCAAAACAACUGAUCGAUCAACAACAUUCGAUUCUUGUUAUGAAUUGAAAAUUUCACAAGUGUAAAAAAAAGUUUGUAGCCAAAAAAAUGGCCAAUAUUGCGAAGAUUAAUUGGCAAAAAGAUUUUCAUAUCGAUGAAAUCGAUGACCAUUGUUUCAUUGCAAAUCUUGAUAAUAAAUUUAAUGCAAAUUAUCUUCAAUGGUCACCUGAUAAUCAAUUUUUGGCCGUUAAUUUAAUGGAUAAAUUAUUGAUAUUCGAAACAAAUAUUCAUCGUUUACAUGGCGAAAGACGUAAUCUUCUCAAUGAAUGUGUUGGUAAACGACUUGGAUUUCGUUCGACUCAUAUCAAACCUGAUUCCGGAUUCAAAUAUAAAAUAAUCACCGCAAAUGAAAUGAAUACAGAUUUCUGUUUUGUUUCGCCUGAUGCUGAGCCACAAUUUAUUGAUUUUAAAUUCGCUCCAUCAACAGAUGCAAAUUGUUAUCAAAUUUUAGCCUGUCUUAGCGAUCAAAAUGUUCUCACUAUUUAUCUGAAUUUAAGUCCAUUCGAAUGGCGACAAAUAUCUAAUGUAACCAGAUUUUUAAUUGAAUCUUUGCUUGAACAACAAUCGUCGAAUAAUGAUGAUGAUUAUUUCGAUCAAUUGAAUAGAAUACGUAUUAGUGCAUUUGAAUGGCAUCCAGAUAUUGAUAAUGAUCUUCCAAAUGAAACUGUUCAUCGUUUUCUAUAUUUCACAACUAAAGAUGGUCAUCUUUAUUCGUUACGUUUAAUUAUCGAUCGUGAAACGGAUUGUCAGCUAAAAAUACUGCGGAAAAUUCAAACCAAAUCUGAAAUCAUUACAAUUAAACUGCUGGGCUCAAUAUUAUUAUUGAUUCAAUAUCGUGAUGGUAGAAUAGAUUUAUAUGACCGAAAUUUUGAGACGAUGACAUCAUUAUGGUCGGAAAAAGAUUAUCGAAUUGGAUUGAAUUUUGCCUACAAACAAUUGUGUAAUGAUGAAAUUGAAAUAAUUUUCUCUAAAUAUGAUUUCAUCAUCAUUGCUCAUGUUAAUACGAUUACGAUGGAAUUGGAAUCAUUGAAAGAAAUUUCCAUUAAACAGCUAAAUGAUGAAUCUAUGGAAUUUCAUUAUGAAAAUAUUUUUGCCAUAUUCAAUAUGAACAAUUAUUAUUGUCUAACAACAAUGAAUAAUGAUUUAUAUUCAUUCGAAUUUUAUGAUAUCGAUUCAACAUUUGUGAUGAGAAAAUUAUUACAUCCUUCAAUGAAAAAACAUCCGAAUGAUGUUCAUUAUGCAUCAAUAUCAUCAUCAUCAAACAAUGCAUUAUUGGCCAUAUUAAGUCGACAAAAUCGUUUCAGUGGAAAAUGUACAAAUUUCAAGUCAAAAAACGUUCGUCUAUAUAUUGUUACCACGCACACUGCCAAUCCAUCCUCGACCAUUUUAUCAUUGACAAAUCGUUUGUUUUCUACUAAUUUCCAUUCAUUUAAUCUAGCUGAUCUUUUGUUUAUGAUACGUUAUAAUUUAUUACGUUCUAAUUCCAUCAAAGAUGGAUUCAAUUUGAUCACUGAUAUUCUACUACGAAAAGUUCCAAUAUGGUUAGAAAAAUCCAAUAAUAAUGAUGAUCUCAUUGUUUGGCCAUAUCGAAUCAAAUGUAUCAGAUAUCUAGCACGUUAUUGUCUGAUUGAUGGCGAAAAAUAUCUUCUUUAUGACGAUGAUAAACAAAUUGAUCACGAAAGACUUGAAAAAUUAAUUGACAUAUUAAACAGGCUCAUUAUGAAAAAUCAUUUCAAACAAUCAUCAUUACAUUUAAUGAAAAUCAUUGUGAACAAUAAUCGAUUGAAUAAUGAAUUAUGUAUCGAACAAUUGAUUUCACUUGCCAAUCUUAUCAAGGCUAAUGUUAUCGAUUUUCUACCCGAUGAAAUUGUAAAACAAAUUAUAGAAUCAGUUGAAAAUAUACCACAGUAUUGUCCUAGUUGUAAUAACAUUGUCAAAAAUCCGGCAUCAUUUUAUCUGGAUCAUUGUAAUACAAAACAAAAUUGUAAUGGCCAUCAAUUUGAUGUGGAUUCAAAUUCAUUAAUGAUAUUGAAUCCUAUUGAACAUUCGAUUGAAUCCUGUCUAAAAUGUUAUGAAUCAAAACUAUUUAUUCGAGAUGAUCGAACAAGCCUUUGGCAAGAACCACAAAUGUAUCCAUUUCGUUUUGCAUCCAAAUGUUGUUUAUUUUGUAUUUGAUUCAAACAAAACUCUUGAGUGACACCAAAUCAAAAUAAAUAAAUUUUACAA